AUGGCGGGGAGGUGGGACGCGUUUCAGGGUCUUCCUCACGGGUGGGAAGUUCGUUUUGAUGGCAGAACGGGAAGAUACUACUUCAUUGACCACAUCAACAAACAAACAUCAUGGGAGGAUCCUCGGUUGAAAUCCUGCCCCCCUCCACCCCCCCACCCCGAGACACUACCUGCCGAGCUGAGGACGCAGCAGGAGAACCAGAGCCAUCCUUUACACCAGAAUGUGACAAAUACCUCAGGGGUAGCUGGGACAACACACCAAACAGCAGGUCUUGACAGCGGAAAGCUAGGAGGGGCGCGAGCUGACUCUGGAUUUGGACUUACUGCUCAACAGUACUUGGCUAGCAUGAACUUUCUGUCUACUAACACAUUUUGCAACUCUAAUCACAGGUAUCAUAAUAGAGAGGCAGUAGUCAUCAGUGCUCUCCAGGUGCAAAAGCAUCCACUUGCCACCCCAGGACCUUAUGGUACAUUUACUCCUCCUCCAAUGCGGCAUUUCAUACCAACUGCAACAGCCCUAAUGGCUCUUCAGAGCACAAAGACAUCAGUGAACACCACAGGUAUGGCAGAUGUAUCAGCUACAGAUAUUACAGCAACAACAAUCACAUCUGAGGACAAAGUAAGCACUCAGAUUCAUACCACAGCUACAAGUAAUGGCACCAGUGUAACCACCACGCUUACUGACCAGCCAGCAAUAACUUCACUAGCCGAUCGAGUUCCAUACCGCCCAAUCUAUGAGCGUGCACGAGGAACUCAUCUCCUGGAGGAGAAAACAAGAAGAUCUCCUUUGGUAGGACAAAGAGGAUCAGUGGAAAAGUCUGCUGGAUCUCCCAAAAGGAGACAUGGUUCCACAGAUAGAUCUGUUGGUUCACAAAGGCUUGGACAGGGGUCCCUAGAGCGAUCUAUAGGUUCCCCCUUCCUGGGCAGGGACUCACCCCUUUUAUCAUCACGAGCAUCCUCCCCUCACACAUUCAUGGAUGGCUCUCCUCGACCGACCACGCGAUCUGUUUCAGAAUUUACACGAUCUCUGAUGGGAUCUCCGCGACCAUAUUCCCCUCGAUCGACCCCCCACUCUCCCAAGAUUAAGCUCAGGUAUCUGAAGGGAAUAUUCCCCAAGGUGGAACCCACCAUCAUCUUGGAUAUCCUGACACAGUGUAAUUACAACGUCAAGGAUGCCUCAGAGAAAUUGGUGGAGAUGGGGCAUGAAAAGAAGGACAUAUCACUGGCCCCUCCGAAGCUGAAGGACCGGCCGGAUGGGAAGGAAAACAAGGCCGUUCCGAAGCCGUCGCCCGGACCUCCACGGCCUAAGAACUUGAGCGAGAAGCACAAGAAGAAAGUGCGCAACCAACUUAUUUCGGAUUAUCCGGAUAUCACACCUACUGUUGUAACAAUGGCACUUCAGUCAGUCUUUUAUGAGGAGGAACGAGCUCGUCAGGUCCUGGCAAAUAUGGCUGAGACAGAACGCAAGACUCAAGAGACGCUUGCUAGUACAACUCCUCAAAUGUCAAGGCGUUCGGAGACCAAAGAUGUUAAUCUGAAUGUUAUUGGUUCUCCACCAAUGACAAGACGAGAAGGUGUAAAAACAUCAAGACCAACCUUACCACGAACGAGAAUCAACACCGCUUGGACAGCAGCUCAAACAGUGUCAACAGGGACAAGCACUGAUGAAGAUCCAGGUUUUAAGAGUGGUCACCGUUCAAAACCAACUGGGCCAAACACCAGGCUUCAUAAAGGACCAUGUGAAGGCCUGCUCUUGACUGAUUACCAGGCAUGGCAUGGGCCCAAUCCUGAGAAUUUAAAAACCCAGUACAAGACCCUGGCUCAGGGACCUAACCGCAGUCACGCCCGAGGCCCUUCUGGAAGAGCUCGUGGACAGGACCCAGGGCUGCGUAAGGGCCCACAGGGACUGGCAAAAGGUCCCCAGUUCACGCAGGGUAUAAAGAAGGAGCUUUCAUUUUCAACAAAGAUGUUGUGAAAAUUGUAGAUUCUGUACUCAUUCAGUAUUACUUUUGACCUGAAUAUGUCUGCUACAUGAACAAACCAAGAGGUGUUUUAUCAUAUUUUUUUGUAGAAAAAAGCAAAUAUAAUUGAUGAAAGGGUUCGGAGUUGUCAUACCUUUCAUCAGUAAUGAGCUUAAAUUUUUCCACUUAUUUUAAAUGACUGCUUUAUAUAAUAAGUGAAAAAGUAAGUGACAAAUGCAAGUAUUAUGCAGUUUUGUGGAUAUAUGAGUUCUAGCACAAAUUUGUAAAGAUUUUUUUGUGCUGAUAUUGGUCAUUGUUCUUGUUUAUUGUUUUAACGGUAUCAAAAGCAUUCCUUAAAACCAUGCAUGAUAAGAUGUAUGAUGUUCAGUCAUAUGAAAAAGUAAUUCCAUUCUAUAUUUAUUGUAUAGAAUUGGAUAUUUUGUGUUACAUAUUAUAAUUACAGCACUACUGUUAUCCCAUUAAAUUGUGCAUUUCACUCCCUAGGAAAUCCCUUUUAGUCAGUGCUUUUGGUAAGGAAGUUAUAAACAGACCUACUAUCAUAUUUUGCAAAAGUUUGGUAUAUUAGGCAAACUGCUCAUAAGCUAAAUGAAUGUAUUGGAUUAAAUUUUUCUGCAUCAUCUGAUAUUUUAGUUUUUAACAGUAAUCUAGGCCAUCAUGCAAUGCAUAUAAUACCAAUAACCUAUUAUAUAAUUAGCGAUUUAUUGGAAAUUACAAGACUUUCCUUUUUAUAACAGCAAUCAAUAUAAAAAAGAGCAAAAACAAAUAAACUAAAUCAAACUGAUUAAAAGAUAAAUUCAAGUUAAUUUAUUUACUGAUAUUUAUCAGUGGCAUUAUAAAAAAAAAAGAUGAAUAAUCACCUUUAUACAUGCAGGAACACAUAUUUGAUAACAGAAUAUUUUACCGUACAGACUGUAGCAUGUAUUUUAUUUUACUGUCUUAGAUAACAGUGAUGUACAAACUUUAUAAUGUAGACAAGUAUUCAGAUGAAUUGAGGAAAGCAUGUGUGAUAACCUUAUCAAGGUAGCUUAAUAACAAAGUAAUUACUCUGUGAUCAUGUAGUAAUUACAUACCUGCUAGAUGGUAGAGAUCUUACAGAGUGUGGUACAUCCUUGUAAUUUUAUACAGCAGAUAGCUAGGUUGAAGUGAGCACUGUUUAGUUUGUAAAGGAUUCACCAAGUACAUUAAAAGAUAAUGAAUUGAUAGCAAGUGAAGUCAGCAUUUAUUUUACUGAGACUAUUUUAGAUUAUUUUGGAGUGAAUCGGAUUUCCUGAACGCAAGCUGUAUUAUUUCCUACUCAUAAGAAAAUACUCUCUCUAUUUUACCGUUCUGUGAAGUAUUCCAUGGGCAUUUUCAGCUGUUUACUUUUAGUUGUUAAAGUGUAGUAUCUUGUUGAUCAGGGAGAUGUGUGUCAGAUGAGGAGUUUUAUUUCUUAGUUUAGAUUAUUUUUAUUUUAAUAUCAGAAAAAUGUAUAAGAAAAUUCUGCCCAGAAAAAAAUAUUAAGCUAUUACAUUUGAGAUAACUUUAUAUUUGCUUUUAUCAUUAUUAUGAAUAUUAUUUG